GUUUGUUCUUUCUGUUCAACCAACCAAUCAAUCAACUCACCAACCAAUCAUCAUUAACCAGCCUUCAACUUUUUCUUCAGUGCAACCAUCAACCAUCAACCAUCAACCAUCAACAAUCAACAAUCAACAAUCAACCUCAUCACCAACCACCAAAUCACUAAGUUACUUACUCUGUAUUGACCAGACACUGCAAAUAAUAACCUGCAUUGAGAGAGGAGUCUGAGAACUAAUUAGUGAGAUCUGAUUUCAAACCCCCCCCCCCCUUUCUGGCCUCCUCUUUCAUCACUUUCUUUGGUAGAAGAGUGGGCUCUGAAACUGAAACUGAUGCUCUCAUCUCAUUCAACACAGUCAGUUCAACACUACAAAUAUCAUUUCAUUCUCUUGUGUCUCUGAUUGAAAACAAAAUCCUGAACAGACGGCACCUACUCUACUGGCUUCAGCUCUCAUCUAUCUCCAUCCAUUCUUUCUUCUCAUCUAUCUGAGCUCUACCAUCUAUCCCCUUCUAUUCUUCUAAUUCUCAUCUCAUUUGCAUUUGUUAUAAUUAAUUAUAUAUACAUCUACACGCUCGAUUAUAUAUUAUAUAUCAUGCCCACUCUACCAUCCCGCCCCGACGAGGAGCCGCAGCAGCGGGGUCCCUGGUCUAGCUCUCCUGCUCCUGCCCCUGAGAAUAUCAGCCGCAACGAAAAUAAUAAUAAUAAUAAUAAUAAUAAUAAUAAUAAUGAUGAUACCCAGCAGGAGAUACCCAAGGAGACACCGCAACCAACAACAUCAACAAUGACCCCUCAUUACCAGAAAAAGGAUGACUGGCCACCCGAACGGCUGGCCAAUCUGUACAUGCUGCGCCUGCAGAACUCGAAGAUGAACUGGGAUGAAUUUCAGGAUACAUUCUACCCGAACUAUCAUACUCAAGUGAGGUUCAAGUUCUAUGAAGCACGAAACCUUGCGGCUAAAAAUGCAUUGCAAAAUAUCUCUCCCGCCCAUCUUCCAAACAACAUGCAGCCCCGGAGCCGCAAGCCCGGGCAUACACGUGAGAAGUUCUACGGUGAAAGCGAAGUGGAUGACUCCGACACUGAUAGUGAGGGUGGUGAUAUCAUGUAUCAGACUGAGAAUACCUCUGCAGGCCCUGAUAUCGCUAGCGCAUCACACACCCUAGCCAGCAAGCCGAAACCAAAACCAAAACCUACGUCAACCCCAUCAGGGCGCAGAGGCGCGGGGCCCACACCUGUUUCCACAGGGACCAGAUCAGGGGCACGCCCAGCCAAGCGCCCGCGCAUUAGCACGUCAUCGCGCCCUGCCACGCCGUCUACACCCGCAUAUCCCACCACUACUACCACCAUAACCACCGUUAACCGUACUCGUAAACCCGCCUCUACGCCAUCGCACACCCACCCACAUGCACAGGCACAUACCCACCCAUCAUCAACAACUCCAGCACCAGCGCCAACCUCAGCGCCGGCCACAGCUACAGUUACAGCACCAACCUCCACCAGCGAAUUCGGCUCCAAGAUCCGCUUCGACCGCCUCAACCUCACCGACUGGACUUACAUCUACCACCUCGCCAAGGCCUGUCCGGCCGAGCGCGAGCGGGCCGAUGCCCUCUCUCUUCGCGACAGGGAGCAGUUGCGGACCAUUGCGGAGAUGCGCAAUCGGAUGGUGGAGAUGGAGGCGGAGAUGGAGGAGAUGAGGCGGCGGAUGGAGGAGAGGGAGGCAGAGGCUGCGGCUGCGGCUGCGGCUGCGGCUGCGGCGGAGGUGGGUGUGGGUGUGGGUGUGCAGGGAGUUGAGAAGCAGGAGCAGGAGCAGGACGGAACCGGGCAGGCGGAUCCAACCUCACCAUUAUCAUCCCUCCUAGGAACCCACCAUGGCGAUGAUGGUGAUGGGGAAGGUCCUACCGCUACACCACCAUCACCAUCAACAAUAGCAGCAGCAGCAACGCAAGUCUCCACGGCGCUCAAGACGCGCACGGUAGAGCUGGCGACGCUAUUCGACGGGCUGUGGAAGGCGAGUUUGAAAUUCAUCCCGCCGUUUCAGCUGGAGGAGAUGGGGAUGCAGAGGGGGUGUGAGGCCGUGGUGGGGAAGAUUGGCGAGAUUGAGGGGGUUGCGGAGGAGUUGGGGAGGGUGGGGAGGGGGAUGCAGAUGCAGAUGCAGAUGCAGGUGCAGGUGCAUGGGAAUGGGAAUGGGAAUGGGAAUGGGAAUGGAGAUGGAGAUGGAGAUGGAGAUGGAGAUGGAGAUGGACGUUGGGAUGGGGAAGGGGGUGAAGGUGUUGCUGGUGGUGACGAUGGUGGUGAUGGUGGUAGUGGGAUGAGGAUUUCGUUUGCAGUUGAAGGAUGAGAAGAAUUACAGCGUAGGUAAUUAGGGGGGAGAAGGGGAGGAGGGGAGGUUUUUGAUUUUUGAUUUUUGAUUUUUCUUUUCCUUUAACUGGUGCUUUUAUGGCAUGGUUGUUGUGUUUGUCUUUUGUCGCGAGCUGUUUUCUUGUUUCUUGUUUACUUGUUGCUUGAGUUUAUAUUGUUCUCUCUCUCUCUCUCUCAUUUACUAUAUUUUCUUAAGAUAAUAGUAAUUCCUUGAGGUGGUGGUGGUGGUGGUGGUGGUGGUGGGGGAGGUAAUAUGUAUAUCCCAGGGGAAGCUGGGCUGCUAAUGAUACUUGUUCUUUACCUUUCUUUUCUUUUUUUUUUUUUUUUUUUUCUUCUUCUUCCGUCCAGCUACGUUAGUCAGUUGUAUGUAUGUAUUUAAUACUAUUGUAACAAACAAAGUAGUUAGCAAAGCAAUGGAGUGCUUCCAUAUAACUAAUGGAUGUACAGUACAGUACAUAUUUUUUGCUGCUGAAUGAACAGCUAGCUUUCCUUCCUUUUGAUAAAUAAUAAAUAUCAGCAAGGCGC